GGGAGUCCCUUGGUCAUGGACCCGAACAGCAUCUGUAGGAAGACCAAACGUCUGGCGGGCAAGCAGGCCGAACUGUGCCAGACCCAGCCGGAGAUUGUCAACGAAGUGGCCAAGGGCGCCAAGCUGGGCGUGCGCGAAUGCCAAUACCAGUUCCGCUUUCGACGCUGGAACUGUACCAGCCAGAACAAGUACUUUGGCAAAAUCCUCCAGCAAGACAUCCGAGAGACGGCGUUUGUGUAUGCUAUCACGGCAGCGGGUGUGACGCAUGCAGUGACACAGGCCUGCAGCAUGGGGGAGCUGCUGCAAUGCGGCUGCGAGGCCACACGAAGCAGAGGGCCGCCCCCGCGUUUAGCCGGUGUUGGCCCAACCGAGGGGGUCAAGUGGGAGUGGGGUGGCUGCGGAGACGAUGUGGAGUUCGGCUAUGAGAAGUCCAAGCAGUUUAUGGACGCCAGGCGGAGGAAGGGCAAGAGUGACAUCCGCACGCUGAUAGACCUUCAUAAUAAUGAAGCCGGUCGACUGGCGGUGAAGAAUUAUAUGAGAACUGAAUGUAAAUGUCACGGGCUGUCUGGCUCUUGCACUCUGAGGACCUGCUGGAAGAAAAUGCCUCACUUCCGCGAGGUGGGCGACCGCCUGCUCGAGCGCUUCAAUGGGGCAUCCAAAGUGAUGGGUGGGAAUGACGGUAAGACUCUCAUUCCAGUGGGGCAGAACAUCAAACCUCCAGACAAGCAAGAUCUCAUCUACUCGGCCGAGUCGCCGGACUUCUGCCUGCCCAAUCGGAAGACGGGUUCUUUGGGCACGCGUGGGCGGAUGUGCAACAGCACGGCGCUGGACGUGAGCGGAUGUGACCUUCUGUGUUGCGAGCGGGGCCACCGGGACGAGACGGUGGUCCUGGAGGAAAACUGUCUCUGCCGUUUCCACUGGUGCUGCGUUGUCCAGUGUAAAAAGUGCUUGGUCAGGAAGGAACUGAGUUUGUGUCACUAACUGAGAACCUUUGAUAAUGGGAUUGAGAAGAGCCAUUCCCAACAAGGACAAGAACAAAAGAAUCUAGAACAUUCCAGAUUCAUGCAUACACAUUUCAAACCCUGAGGCUUUGGGAAAGCCUAGAGGAGUGUCUGACUUGUGAUUCACCCCUCAGAAAACCCAGGACCGCUAGUCUCAAUGACUACUCAAGAUUUAGGAGGGGUUCUUCAGCUGUGAAGUCGAAACAUUCAGAAAUCUUCUCAUCAGAGGGCUUUUGUGUGUAUUUUCUGUUAGAUCAGCCCCGUAUACUGUAUAUUAUGAGUGCAGACUCAAUGAAUGAAAGCACAUCCACAUCAGCACUGCAGCCAUGGUGUAAUGGCUGUUUAUGCUCUGAAGUGACAGAACAUCAAGAAAAGGAUAUUUGGCAUAUGCUCUGUAAAGCUGGCUGGAUAUGGAACAAAGACGGUUAUUUAUAAGCAUUUAAUAUCAUCAUGACUACUUCUUGUGAUUAAUUCCCUGUCAUUUUCUUUCAAAAGCACUUUGAGAACUUUUAACAGAAAGAGUAAAAACUUGUUUUACUCUUAAACUCAAAGGUAAAAAGCGAAUGUAAGAGAAGCAACAUGUAAAAACACUUUAUCUUUGUGAGAUAUUUAAUCUAUGGGGCUUUUAAUGCACUUUUACUGAUACUGAUCACUAUUUUUCAUCGGUUUGCUCCUUAGUGAAAUGCAUUUUCAGUGGUUUGUUUCAGUUUGUGUUGGUUUUUAAGAGUUCUUAUAUUGUUGACCUCAUAUGAAAACCUUAGUAUGCUAACACUGCCCAACAGUUCUCAAAACCGAUUACAACUGAUCAUUAAUGACAAUAAUCACAGGAACAUAUGAAAAGUUGUCAUUGUUUUAUCACCUUUUUUUGUUUGUUUGUUUUUUCAAUGGAUCUCUCACUUGAGGGUUAAUCAAGUCAGGUCAUAAAAACAUCAUUUCAACACCAUGUUCAA